AUGCCCUCGAUGUCUGAACGACGGCUACCUGACAUGGUAGAGGGUCCACUCAUACACGGAAUGAUUGAAGUUCUCCUUCAAGACAGGAUUCAGUUCCCUACAAGACUCCUGAGCAGACAAGUUCUAAAUGUGCUGAGGUAUUUCAACAUGUCCAUGUCUCAGAGCGUUGAUCUCAACGCUAAGGUGAUCCGUUUUAUGCGCGAUGCGGCGCAGCCGUUUACCUCUCGGGAAUUGUCUAGGGCCCACAACGGCUUCUCUGAGACUGAAAAUAUCGGGGUGAUUCACUACCAGCUCUCGAUGCUGGUAGCCAAUGGGGCAGUUUCUCGCUUGAAGAUUUAUGCAUAUGAGCGCCCGAAUGAGCUUACCUACAUCGGACCAGGUAUGUCAAUUGCCAGCCAGCACCAAGAGGCAAAUUCGGAUAUCGAUGGCAGUGAAAUCGCUAUUGUACGCAGUCAAUUUCGUUCCAAAUUGCAGAAUCCCGACAACGCAGUCGGUCUGCACAGCGAAUAG